AUGCAAAUUUUGCAUUUUGAUAUAAAGCCCCAUAACAUUCUUCUUGAUGAGAACUUCACCCCAAAAAUAUUUGAUUUCGGGCGUGUGAAACUUUAUCUUGUAGAUGAUAGUAUAAUAUCUUUGACUGUUGCAAGAGGAACACUAGGAUAUAUGGCUUUAGAAUUAUUCUAUAAAAACAUUGGGGGUGUUUCCUAUAAAGUUGAUGUUUAUAGUUUUGGCAUGUUAUUGUUGAAAAUGGCAAGUAGAAGAAAGAACUUUAAUGCAUUAGCAGAUCAUUCAAGCCAAAUUUACUUUCCAACUUGGGUCUAUGAACAUGUUAGUGGAGGCAAUGACAUAACAAUGGCAGAUGCCACAGAGGAGGAGAACAUAGUUAAAAAGAUGAUCAUAGUUGCAUUGUGGUGCAUACAGAUGAAGCCUAGUGAUCGUUGUUCAAUGAACAAAGUUGUAGAAAUGCUUGUAGGAGAAGUUGAAUACUUACAAAUGCCUUCUAAGGCUUUCCUAUCAUCACUAGCAAAUAUAGGAGACAACUUAAAUCCAACUUGCUUGUCAAUCCAAUCAAGUGAAUCAACUCAAUUUUAA